AAAUAUGUAUUGCAUGAGCAGCAAAGAGACUCCAAGUUUUGCUACACGAAAAGAGCAUUUGUCAUGCGGUAUAGGCAUCAGGAAGCCCUCACAAGAUGUGUGAUGCUAGGGCAUGCAUCACAGACAUCAGGAGUCAUGCAAAAUGCGCAUGACAAACCUGGCAAUCUUCCAGACCCAGACAUUUUUGCAAUCCAUAGCCGUCCCGGUCUUGACAUUCUCUUCGCGAAGGCACGAUAUGGAUUGCAAAAGUGUCUGGGUCUGGAAGAUUGCAACUUGUCAUGCUAAAUCCGAAUCAUGCAGAAAUCUGUGUUGCAUGAGUGCCAAAAGCUGUCCACUUUCGACCAAGUUUGGAGGGAGUUUCUCAUGCAGGAUAGGCAUGGCAGAGACCUCACAGACUCUGUCAUGCUAGGUCCCGCAUUCCAGACCUCAUGGGUCAUGAAAAACCUGCAUGACAAGUUUGCACUCUUCCAGACCCAGACAUUUUUGCAUUUGAUACACGAGGCAAAGGACCAAC